GGCGGGCUCGACGGCCACACCAUGCAGGACCGGCCCCUGAUUGGUUCCGAGCACGGCAGGAAUAAACACUCUCGGGGUAUAUAUAAUGCGGUAUGGAGUAACACUUUUCCAAGAAACUAGAACAACCUCUAGGUAAUGAAAAAAGAGCUGCUGUUAAACAUCGGAGUACUAACUGAGUAAAACAUAAAUAAAUACAAAGAGGAUGAGGGCGCAGAUCCAAAAAGUUCCUCAGAUAGUUGAGCUGCUGAAGAAGAAGUCUGUCGGACUGCAGCACUUCAAGCCAACAUCAUCGGUGUGCGUGCUGGAGGGGAAGGAUGCUGCGGAGGCUGCGCCGUGUCCUCAUGCUGCAUUCAGAGCGCACAGUUUGGACGAGAUCCCGGGACCCACCAACUGGCCCCUGGUCGGCAGUCUGUUUGAACUCCUGAGAAAAGGCGGCUUGACGAGGCAACAUGAGGCAUUGGUUGAUUAUCAUAAGAAGUUUGGCAAGAUAUUCCGGAUGAAGCUGGGGUCUUUCGAGUCUGUGCACAUUGGCGCACCUUGCUUGCUGGAGGCUCUUUAUAGGAAGGAGGGAAAUUACCCUCAGAGGCUGGAAAUCAAACCCUGGAAAGCAUACAGAGACCUGAGAGACGAGGCAUACGGACUCCUAAUUCUGGAAGGAAAGGACUGGCAGAGAGUGAGGAGCGCAUUUCAGCAGAAACUCAUGAAACCGACAGAAGUGGUGAAGCUCGAUGGCAAAAUAAACGAGGUGUUGGUGGACUUCGUUGGCAGAAUUGGAAACAUCAGCAACAACGGGAAGAUUGAAGACUUGUACUUCGAAUUGAAUAAAUGGUCGUUUGAGACCAUUUGUCUCGUCCUUUAUGGGAAGAGAUUUGGUCUUCUGCAAGAGAAGGUCAACGAGGAAGCCAUGAACUUCAUCACAGCUGUGAAAACCAUGAUGAGCACCUUUGGCAUGAUGAUGGUUACACCAGUAGAGCUCCACAAGAGCCUCAACACCAAAACAUGGCAGCACCACACCGCAGCAUGGGACCGCAUUUUCAGCACAGCAAAAGUCUACAUUGACAAGAAGCUGAAGAGGAACGCAACCAGAGCUCCUGAUGAUUUGAUCGGUGACAUCUUACACCAGAGCAGCCUUUCAAAAAAGGAGCUGUAUGCGGCCAUCACCGAGCUUCAGAUUGGAGGAGUUGAGACAACCGCCAAUAGCAUGCUGUGGGUUAUUUUCAACCUGUCACGUAAUCCCAGCGCCCAGAGGAAGCUGCUGCAGGAGAUCAGAGAGAUCGUGCCUCCCGACCAGGAUCCAAGUGGAGAGCACAUCAAGAAUAUGCCCUACCUCAAGGCCUGCCUCAAAGAGUCUAUGAGGUUAUCACCAUCAGUUCCAUUCACCAGCAGAACCCUGGACAAAGACACUGUGUUGGGGGAUUAUGCUAUUCCCAAAGGAACAGUGUUGAUGAUUAACAGUCAUGCACUGGGCUCCAACGAAGAGUACUUUGAUGAUGGCAAGCAGUUCAAACCUGAGCGCUGGCUGCGGGAGAACAACACCAUCAACCCCUUUGCCCACGUUCCUUUCGGCAUUGGAAAGAGGAUGUGCAUUGGCAGACGGCUGGCAGAGCUGCAGCUGCAACUGGCCAUGUGCUGGCUGGUCAGAGACUAUGAGAUUGUGGCAACAGAUAAUGAGCCGCUUGACGUCAUCCAUUCCGGGCUUUUGGUUCCCAAUAGAGAACUGCCUGUCGCCUUCAUCAGGAGAUGAAGCUCUACAUUCAGCUCUUCCGGACUGAGCAACAGAAAGGUGAUAACUCUGUUGCCUGUCCCAAUGGUCCAGUGACUCCCUGCAUUGCUGCUCUGUAAAUAAAAUACAAAACAACAAUUAUUAUAACUCUAAUCUUACCACAAAUACCUCAGACAUAUUUAAAACUAUGACUGUUAAUGACUGACCAAAGUACCAGUUGUUAUGUACAAACUGAAUAUUGUACCAAGGCAGCUGUCCUCAAAUCUUCGAUCUCAGACAUGUAGAAUGUAGUCCAAGUAUUUUGUUAUGCUUUUUAUUGUGUGUGUUUAGAUAUAUAUAUAUAUAUAUAUACAUAAAUAUAUAUAUAUAUACAUAUAUAUAUAUAUUGAUAUAUGGGUUAUGUUUUUAUGUUUCAUUGUAUAUAUAAAGCGCAAUUAUAAUAUUGCAAGAUUGUAAGAUUGUACAUUGUUUUUUGAAGAGACAUAUUUUAUUCAUGGAAACAAAUGUAUAAAAUAAACAUAUCUUUAAACA